AUGGCCUCCGGAGGUGGAGGAGGCGGCGAUGGCGGCCGGAGCGGGCGGCCCGGGCAGGCCGAUAAAUACUCGGUCCUCCUGCCCACCUACAACGAGCGGGAAAAUUUACCCCUCAUCGUCUGGCUGCUGGUGAACACCUUCGGGGAGAGUGGCAACAACUAUGAGAUUAUAAUCAUUGAUGAUGGAAGCCCAGAUGGGACGCGGGAAGUUGCAGAACAGUUGGAGAAGAUCUAUGGGUCAGAGAAAAUCCUCCUGAGGCCCAGAGAAAAAAAGUUGGGAUUAGGGACUGCAUAUAUUCAUGGAAUGCAACAUGCCUCCGGCAACUUCAUUAUUAUUAUGGAUGCCGACCUAUCACAUCACCCAAAAUUCAUUCCGGAAUUCAUUAGAAAGCAAAAAGAAGGUAAUUUUGACAUUGUCUCUGGUACUCGCUAUAAAGGAAAUGGAGGUGUAUAUGGUUGGGAUUUGAAAAGAAAAAUAAUCAGCCGUGGAGCCAACUUUAUAACCCAAGUUCUGCUGAGACCCGGAGCAUCAGAUUUAACAGGAAGUUUCAGGUUAUAUCGAAAAGAGGUUCUACAGAAAUUAAUGGAAAAAUGUGUUUCCAAAGGAUACGUCUUCCAAAUGGAGAUGAUUGUUCGAGCCAGACAAUUGGAUUACACCAUUGGAGAGGUCCCUAUAUCCUUUGUGGACCGCGUGUAUGGCGAAUCCAAGCUGGGAGGAAACGAAAUAGUCUCCUUUUUGAAAGGACUGUUGACCCUCUUUGCCACUACAUAAAAGAGCAUAUUCAUUAAUAUUGAAAAUAUCAUAUCCAUUUCAGUGUAAACCAAAAACAAAAGACCCUGAUUGCUGAUAUUUUAAAUCGUACUUUCAGAACAUAAACAUUAAAGUGAGGUAAGUUU